AAUCCACUCCAAUCCGCUACCGUCCUUCUCAAUACCAUUGAAUAAUUUCCGAAACCAGUUAAGAGGGUGUGGCUCCCAUUACCAUUGGCAGGUAAUAAUCGCCCCUGCUGCUGAAUGCUGAUAGUCAAACUCAACGACCUCAAGAUGGGAAAACGAAGACUAGCCAUGCUCCAAGAAGACUUGGACACACCCUUAGUAUCUUCCACUAUGGCUGCUCAUCUUAUACCACCACCAACAUUUAAUGUGAAAGCAUUCCACCCCCAAUGCCAGCAUCAAUGGAUCCCUUGAACCUCCCUUUUCUCUUUUCUUCCUUGUUUUCCAUCUUUGCCUUCGCGUUCGCAGCCGAUACCAUUAACAAGACGCACUCCCUUGCCGGCGACCAGACCUUGGUUUCAUCCGGGGGAAACUUCGAAUUGGGAUUCUUCACUCCGGGGGUUUCCAAAUACUGGUACGUCGGAGUAUGGUACCGGAAGAUAUCGGAGAAGACUGUUAUCUGGGUUGCCAACAGGGACGCGCCACUUCCUGAUAAUUCCGGUUCCUUGAAUCUCACCGAACAAGGAAUCCUCUUACUUCUCGAUGGCAGCAACAAGGUUGUGUGGUCGACCAACACCUCGACUUCCCCCAAGAAUCCGGUCGCCCAGCUGCUGGAUACCGGCAAUCUGGUCGUCAGAGAAGCCGAUGACGAAAACUCAGAUCACUAUUUCUGGCAGGGCUUCGAUUAUCCAACGGAUACUCUUCUUCCCGAGAUGAAGAUGGGGCUGAACCUCACCACCGGCUGGGAGCGCCACCUCACGGCGUGGCGAAGCAAGGAUGAUCCGGGAAAGAGUGGCGUCACUUUCCGGUGCGAUAUUCGAGGUUACCCACAAUUGAUCCUGAGCAAUGGCUCUAUGGAGCUGUUCCGAACCGGGAUGUGGAACGGCCUCCGAUUCACCGGAACGCCGCACCUCAAACCAAAUUCGAUUUAUUCCUACGAAUUGGUUAUGAAGAAGGACGAGAUUUACUACGGCUAUCGCCUCCUCAGUUCGGUGGUUUCGAGGUUUACGCUGAGCCAGAACGGCGUCAUGCAGCGGUACACGUGGGUUGACCGGAGCCAGCAAUGGAUGCCGUACUUGACGGCGCCUGCCGACGACUGUGACAAGUUCAAGCUCUGUGGCCCGUACGGAAGCUGCAACAUCGAGAACAUGCCGGUUUGCAGGUGUCUGGUAAAAUUCGUGCCCAAAAAACAGGGGAUUUGGGACUCUGGAGAUUGGUCCAAUGGCUGCGACCGGAAAGUGCCGAUCAAAGAUUGCCGGAGUAAGGUCGGAUUUCUCAAGUACUCCGGCUAUAAAUUGCCGGAUACGAUAAAUUCCUGGUACGACAGGAACAUGACUUUGAACCAAUGCAGAGACAAGUGCUUGAACAAUUGUUCCUGUACGGCUUAUUCGAAUCUGGAUGUGAGAAAUGGAGGGACUGGAUGCUUGCUUUGGUUCGACGAACUAGUUGAUAUGAGAGAGGUGAGUGAAAAUGGGCAAGAUAUCUACAUAAGAAUGGCUUCCUCUGAGUUGGAUGGAGAUGGGGGGUUCAGUGGCACGAAAAGGAACAUAGUCAUUGUUAUAUUGGCUUUGUUCAUUGGACUUCUGCUGGCGGGUCUGAGCCUAAAGUUGCAUCUCAGGAAGAAGAAGAAGAAAUCACAGAUGAGGAUAGAAGGAAGUAUAAUACCCAACACUGGACAAGGCUAUACUGAAAAGAGCGAGAAGGACGAUCUAGAGCUGCCAUCAUUCGACUUGGCUACAAUAGCUAGCGCCACAAAUAGCUUCUCGAUUAACAAUAAGCUCGGGGAGGGGGGAUUUGGGCCGGUCUAUAAGGGUAUGUUGGAGGGAGGACAAGAAAUAGCUGUGAAGCGGCUCUCAAAGCAUUCUAGCCAGGGACUCGACGAGUUCAAGAACGAAGUCAUCUGCAUUGCCAAGCUGCAGCACCGGAAUCUUGUCAAGCUUCUGGGAUGCUGCAUUGAAGGAGGAGAAAAGAUGUUGAUCUAUGAAUACCUGCCCAACAAGAGCCUGGACUAUUUCAUUUUCGAUCAACUGCAAAGCAGACAACUGGAUUGGCCAAAGCGGUUCAACAUUAUCAAUGGGAUUGCCCGUGGGGUUCUCUAUCUUCAUCAAGACUCCAGACUAAGAAUUAUUCACAGAGAUCUCAAAGCGAGCAACAUUUUACUAGACAGUGAAAUGAACCCAAAAAUUUCAGACUUUGGAAUGGCUAGAAGUUUCAGAGGAAAUGAGACCCAAGCUAACACAAGCAGAGUUGUGGGGACACAUGGUUACAUGGCUCCAGAAUAUGCCGUCGAUGGUCUAUUUUCGAUAAAGUCAGAUGUUUUCAGUUUUGGUGUUUUGGUGUUGGAGAUCAUAAGUGGGAAGAAGAAUAGAGGAUUCUUUCAUCCAGAUCACUACCUCAACCUCCUUGGACAUGCAUGGAGACUCUUCCAAGAAGACAGAUCAAUGGAAAUGAUUGACGAGCCUUUAAGGGAAUCGAGCUACUUAUCGGAAGUGAUGCGGUCAAUCCACGUGGGCCUUCUGUGCGUGCAGCGAAGCCCGGACGACAGGCCGAGCAUGGCGGCGGUGGUGCUGAUGCUCGGCAGCGACGGCGCGUUGCCGGAGCCAAAGCAACCUGGCUUUUUCACGGAGAGGAAUCCGUUGGACGUUAUUUCCUCGUCGACUCAGGAUGGAUCGGCUUCAGCCAAUGAAAUCACCAUUACUCUGUUAAGUGCUCGAUAGAAUUAAUUAGAAACACGCACGCCUUGUUGCGCUCUCUCUCUCUCCCUCUCUCUCGAUAUAUAUAUAUAUAUCUCCAAUUCAAGCAUUUUUGUUGACGCCAAAAGGCCUUCUCUUUUCUUGAAUUGAGUUUUAUAAACCAGUUUUAUGCUGGGAGAAGAUACUACUUA